CUUUGUGGUGCAUUCGGCAGCUGGCGCAGGGCGGCUCACGCACACGGCGGGCGGCUCGUCCCCGACACCCCGCGCUCGCCACAACCCGCAGCCUCCCGGCCGCCGGCACCGCCUGCCCACGCCGCGGGCUCCCACCGACACGGUCCCUGCCGGCCCAUGAAGUGACCCGGGCGGGUGGCACAGCCCCUGCUCCUGCCGUAGCCACCACUGCCACACCAGGCACUGAGGUCUGCUGGCCAUGGGCAACCUGAUAAAGGUAUUGGGCAAAGAUUUAGAAAACUGUCCUCAUUUUUUCCUGGAUUUUGAAAAUGCGCAGCCGACGGAGGCCGAGACUGCGGUGUGGAACCAGGUGAACGCCGUGCUGGAGGAGGCACAGACCAUCCUGGCCGAGCUGCAGUCCUACACGGGCGCCGGGCAGGAGAUCCGAGAGGCCAUCCAAAACCCCGGGGACCUGCGGCUGCAGGAGCGCGCCUGGAGCGCCGUGUGCCCCCUGGUCGCCAAGCUGAAACGCUUCUACGAGUUCUCGCUGCGGCUGGAGAACGCCCUGCGGAGCCUGCUGGAGGCUCUCACCAGCCCCCCCUACGCCCCGACCCAGCACCUGGAGCGGGAGCAAGCCCUGGCCAAGCAGUUCGCCGAGAUCCUGCACUUCACCCUCAGCUUCGAUGAGCUCAAGAUGACCAACCCUGCCAUCCAGAACGAUUUCAGCUACUACAGACGCACCAUCAGCCGGAAUCGCAUCAACAACCUGCAGCUGGAUGCAGAGAGUGAGGUGAACAAUGAGAUGGCCAACAGGAUGUCCCUCUUCUACGCCGAGGCCACCCCCAUGCUGAAAACGCUCAGCAAUGCCACCACCAAGUUCGUCUCAGAGAACAAGACCCUCCCCAUCGAGGACACCACUGACUGCCUGAGCACCAUGGCCUGCGUGUGCAGGGUGAUGCUGGAGACCCCGGAGUACCGGAGCCGCUUCACCAACACCGAGACCCUGCUCUUCUGCAUGAGGGUGAUGGUUGGGGUCAUCAUCCUCUACGACCACGUCCACCCCGUGGGGGCCUUCGCCAAGACCUCCAAGAUCGAUAUGAAAGGCUGCAUUAAAGUCUUGAAAGACCAACCCUCAACCAGCACCGAGGGGCUCCUGAACGCUCUGAGGUACACCACCCGGCACCUCAACGAUGACACCACGUCCAAACAGAUCCGGGCCCUGCUGCAGUGAGCGCGGGGCGGCCGCGGGAGCCGCAGUCACCGUGUCACCGACGCCCAUGACCAUACAGCUCAUUUUGUACACAGGGAAAAGGGACAGCGAGGAAUGCACAGAAACACUGAAAGAGAAUCCAAACGGCCCCAGGCCGCCCUCCCCCUCCCUUCCCACCCCCAAAUCAGCACCCGCUCCUGGACACGAGGCGUGGUGGCACCGUGGGGACACUGUGCCAGGGGGGGCCGGGGCAAGGGAAGCGCUGCUGGGGCUGGCAGCAGGGUGCCCAUGGCACGGGGGCACCUUGGGGAGGGGGCAGGCGCUGCCCCUGUCCCCAUCCUGGUCCCCGAGCGAGGAGGAGGGAGAGGAUGAGGAGGAGAAGGAGAAGGAAGAAGAAUCCUUGUGGAUCUGCACUGACUCUGGAGGAAACGGCUCAGUCUCACCCGGUAGAUUUUUACUAUGAGCAAUUAAAUCCACACUCACCUCUUCUUUUCUACAUUUUUUUUUUUUGGGGUGUGAAAUAAAAUGACAUUUAAUCUGUU